GAAGAAGCCCAGAGCAGAAGCAGCGCCGGCAGCGCAUCAGCCGGCUGCUGCCGCAGCAGCAGUUAGCUAGACGCGAGACGCUCCGCCCCUCGGACUUUCCGCCGCACCAACCAUGAGCGGUGGGAGGAGGGGCUCCGUUGUCGUCCCCGGCAGUUCAGCUGCUCUCUCGAUCCACUCUCCCGACUCAGUAUCUGCUCGGAGCUCGAACUAGCAGUUUCACGCUACCACGUACCGCACUCUACUCUCGGUGUGAAUUUCCUGUGUGUCAGUGCGCCCAGUACCACGUUUACCCAGCUUGCGAUGGAGCCGCUUACACCCCCGCACACGCCGCCACACAGCACCGGUGCACUUCGCUGGCCCGUGCCCCAUCCCCAGCAGCAGGCGGCCUUCCUGGACCACUGGAUCCGCAACGCGACGAUCCUGGCGGCCCGCGGAUGCUGUCCCCCAGGACCGGCCCAGCAGAACAUGAUGCAGAUGGGCAUGGCUCGCCUCAACCCCUUGGCCGCGGCUGCCACGGUGGCCCAGCAACCCCCGCCGGCGUCUUUCCUCAGCCGACGGCUGCCAGGACAGCGACCCAAGAAGCAGUUCAUCUGCAAGUUCUGCAACCGGCAGUUCACCAAGAGCUACAAUUUGUUGAUCCACGAGAGGACCCACACCGACGAGAGGCCCUUCUCAUGCGACAUCUGCGGCAAGGCCUUCCGCAGGCAGGACCACCUCAGGGACCACAAAUAUAUCCACAGCAAGGAGAAGCCGUUCAAGUGCGGCGACUGCGGCAAGGGCUUCUGCCAGAGCCGAACCCUCGCGGUCCACAAGACGACCCACAUGCCCGAGGCGCCGCACAAGUGUCCGGUCUGCUCGCGGAGCUUCAACCAGCGCAGCAACCUCAAGAGCCACAUGCUCAGCCAUACCGAUGUCCCGCAGGACCUGCGGGUCGAGCAGCACUCGAGCAAGCCCUACCCGGUCAGGACGACGUUGCCCCAGCAGCCGAUCGACAGUCAACCACUGCCCAAACUCGGCUUCACCAUCGACGAGAUCAUGCGCCGUUAGGAUUGCACAGUCUUCGAUCAAUAUAUGUGUGUGUGUGUGUGUGUGUGUGUGUGUGUGGGUGUGCCGUGUGCUUUACUCGCCGAUGUCUAUAACGCAUGCUCAAGCACACGUGUAUCGAUGUAAAUAUUGUAAACACAAACGCUCCAAGAGGCUAUAAAAAAAGAAAACGCGCCGCAAGCUCGCGAUCUCGCAGGCUUUUCUUCGUGUUCUGGAAAAGCGGCUUGACGACGAUACCGAUCUUCGCGCGAUUCCAGUGAGCGUUCUCUUGUAUACCCAUGUAUAUCGAUACGCUGACGAACGUUGGCGUGACGUUCUCUGCUCAGUCGUCGAAUCGAGUCGCCUCGAUUAUGUUACCGAUUAUUUAUCACAGUAUAUACAGCGUAGGAGAAGCGAUCGUUACGUAUAAGUAAAAAAACCUGUAAAUAUCGUUUACCGUUUUAUGUAUAGAUGUAUAAUGACAUGUUAUAGCUCGUAAGUGUGUGUGUGUGUGUGUGUGCGCGCGUGUCGACGGACACAAAAGAAGAAGAAGAAGAAGACAGAUGCUGCGGCGGCGGCAUCACAGGCCUCGCUCCUUUGGACUGUAAUAAGUACGAGAGGGCCGCUCUCUCGCAUUGAGAGAACGCGCGACGCGUGCAAGUGUGAAUCUGACAGCGAGUUUGACGUAGAAGCAAUUGUUAAGCACGUCUGCACGAGGCUGGAUCGUUGUAACGAUCACGCGUUACCGUAUAUUAUGCUUUUAAGGUAGAUGUAUAGAGAAGGAGAGAUUUAUGUAUACAAGCUACACCAAACCAAAAAGACGGGAAAAUGAGGUCCGCGCGCUAUGAAUGGAAGCCUGCAGUCCUAGUCGAUCUUGUAUUAUAAAUUUUAUUGUUAUGUACAUUUAAAAGGGGAGGAGAAGAUGAUGAUGAUGAUGAUGAUGAUGAUACGAUUAUAUUAUACUUGCUGAUCUAUCGUAAA